AUGUCUACGACAACCACCUCCACCCAGCCGGCCAGGUCCAACUUCUCGCGAUCGCUGCGCCGGCCCUCCAACACUGCGUCGACACCGGACCUGGCAUCUCUGUACUCCCAGUCGAAGCUGCUGCGCAAGACGUCGCUGGCCGCCCUGACCCCGAGCUCUCUCGCCAGCAUCCCCGAUGUCAGCGAGAGCUACGCCAUCGACUCUGUUCUGAACGAGGUCCCCGAAACCACCAGCCCCGUCGCUCCUGAGACUCCGUCCGCCAUGGAGCUGUCCGUCGGCGACGCUGUGAAUGUGCCCGGGGGCAUGGCCGGCACUGUCCGCUUUGUCGGCACCGUAGCAGGCAAGAAGGGCACUUUCGUCGGCGUCGAGCUAGAUAGCGAAUUCGCCUCCAGGGGCAAGAAUAACGGCGAUGUCGAUGGCGUAUCCUACUUCACGACCAACACCGCGGGUGCUGGCAUCUUCGUCCCCGUUGCCAAGGCCCUCCGAAGGCCUUCCAACUCGUCUCCCAAGACCCCAACGCCCAGUUCGAGUGGACUGAAGCUCCACAAGAGCAAUUCAGUCAGCCUGACGCCUCCGACAUCAGGCAUUUCGAAAUUCAGCUCCUCUGUAGGCCCCGGUGCUCGGGCACCGAGUCCACAGGGCAAGAAGCCGCGAGCUUCGCUCGCACGGCCUGACUCACCGCAGCGGCGCAUGGCCAUGUCUCCGGGCCCUCGACCGUCGAUUUCGGCACCGGCAGUGAGGGCACCUUCGAGAUUGGCAAGUCCAACGGGUAAAUUUACGCAGAGCGUGCGUGGCAUCGCCGGGCACAUGGGUGAUCCGAACAAGACGGUAGAGCGGCGGCCCAGCUUCGGGGGGCCUCGUAGUGCUUCAUCUCUGGGCCCCGAGCCGCUCUUCGACGAAGAGCCAGGGCCGAUAGCAACGCCGCCGCUACCAACGAAGAGCAACACGAGCCUGGGGUCGCUUUCGCUGCGCCCACCGUCCCGGGCUACUACUGUGAACGACGAGGAAAUUGAGCGACUACGAACCCAGCUGGAAGACCGAGAUCGGCAACUCAGAGAGCAAGCCGCCACAUUGGCGGAGAUGGAGAGUAGCCUGACUGAACUUCAGACGCUGAUAGAGCACCCCGACGGACCACCUAGACGGAGCAGCCUGGAUGACAAGGAUGCAACUCAGCUUCGACAUAUGCUCCGAGAAAAGAACGACAAGAUUGCCAUGCUCGUCGCCGAAUUUGAUGCACAUCGCGCAGAUUUCCGGAGCACCAUUGACACGCUUGAGAUGGCCAGCACAGAGACGGAACGGGUGUACGAGAGGCGUAUAGAAGAGCUGAUGGCGGACAUCCGUGAGCUGGAGUCGAGGAACCUGGACGUUGACUCUGUAGCGGCGCAGCUCAAACAACUAGAGGAGCUGGUUCAAGAGCUCGAGGAAGGACUGGAAGAUGCCCGUCGUGGUGAAGCCGAGGCCCGUGGAGAGGCCGAGUUUCUGCGAGGCGAGGUCGAGAGGACCCGGUCUGAGCUCCGACGGGAAAAGGAGAAGGUCGUUCCUCAUAACCUGGCAGCCAUGAAUGGCGACAGCUCGCUAGCCAAGGCCCUGGAACAGAAAGAGGAUGAGAUUCGGGGCCUCAAGGCCAUUAUCCACUCCCUCAGCCGAGACUCGAUACCCGGUGCCGAGGGCCAUGCUCCUAGGCAGCGCCCUGGCUCAUUGAUCGCCGAAAAGGAUGCCAUCGAGAAUAAGAUUGCCCGAGACAACCUGGAGAGGCAGGUUGCCGAGCUGCAGCAGAUGUUGAAGGAGAAGAACCACCGGGAGGAGGAGCUGCAGCACGAGAUUGAGUUUCUGCGCUCAAGCACCAUCAGCAAGAGCCGCGAGUCGGCUUCCAUCCGGCGAUCUUCGGUCAGGGACUCUCGGGACACCAUCGUCUCCAUGCGAUCCCAGCCACGGUCGCCUGAGCCGUCACACAAGCGUGUGAGCACCCUUGAUACGAUGCACGAGAGCGACACCUACUCGACCGCCACCGAGAGUAGCACUCUCUGGUGCGAGAUUUGCGAGACGGCUGGUCACGACAUCCUGACAUGCACGAACAUGUUUGGCACCGACAGUGCCAAGAACUCCAAGCCCAAGGAAAAGGCGCGGAGAGAGGUUGCCCACGAGGAUCUCAAGCCUCUGACUCCCACGGGCGACGAGAUUCACCAUCCAGCUGUCUUGACCCCCGGCCUGCCCAAGGAAGAGUCCGCCUCCGUCCCGGCCGUCAGAAUCACCCCCAACCCCAUGGAGUCAGGGCCCGUGGCCGGCAAGGAGAGCGGCGUUCUGGACCUUGAGAAGUGGUGUGCGAUCUGCGAGCGAGAUGGCCACGACAGCGUGGACUGCCCCUUUGAGGAUGCAUUUUAA